UUUCAACAGUAAAUAUAUUUAUUGUUAAUACUAUAAUCAAUCUCUUUAAUGCCAACAACACACCAAGGAGCGAGUACACAGGUGUUGAGUGAAUAGCAAUAUAUUUGUUGAGUGGACAACAUUUUGUAUUUAAAAACAAGUUACAUUUUUUUGUUUACAUAUUUAUUUGACAAAGAAAAACGUGUGUAAUGUAAAUUGUUAGUUACAUUUUAGGGUGAAAAUGAGAAAGGAGACACAUCUGCCACAUAACUAUGAAACUAAACUUAAUACUAAAUGAAAGUGAACUUGUUGACAAAUACAAAAAAACUUUAAAGGCUUUAAAACCAUCACGAAACAGUUUGUUUUUAAUGUUGAAGGACGACUAAUGACUAACGACUUCUUAUUAAUGACUUACUACUGGCUGUACACCAGCCUGAGUUAUUUACGACAACAUGUGCGCGCCCCCGCGAGGACUGCGCGCGCGCACCUUUACCGCCCGUUGGUUCGUUAUCCGCGCUGACAGUUGGACUUGUCCUCCGCGCCUCGCAGCUGAUAACGCCGCCGACAGCCCGCUGUCCACCGCAGGGGAAGCCGCAGCCCGUGGGCCAUGUGCCGCUCCGGGGACAGCUGACGGACCGAGGGCGAGUACCGGAGCUUUUAUCCGCGAGAUCCAUCGCUCCCGAAGACAUGAGCGACGCCAAGCCCAAAGCGGAGGGUCAGAGCGACGAGGACGAGGAGGAGGAGGAGGAGGACGCCCCGGAUGGAGGCUGGGGAUGGGUGCUGGUCGGCGCCCUGUUCGUCAGCAACAGCCUCGUGUUCGGCCUGAUGCGCAGCCUGGGGAUCUUCUUCGUGGAGUUCGUCCAGUACUUCGAGGAGAGCGCCCAGGCCAUCUCCUGGAUCUCGUCCACGGGCCUGGCUACGCAGCAGUUCUUCAGUCUACUGGGCACCGCACUGUGUCAUGCAUACGAUACCCGGGUGGUGGUGAUGACGGGGGGCUGUCUGGCUGGACUCGGCUUCAUCCUGGCCUCGCAGGCCACCAGCCUGGUGCACCUCUACCUCACCAUGGGGGUCAUCUCCGGGCUGGGCUGGGGGCUGGUCUUCACUCCCAUGGUGGCGACGGUCAUGGCUCACUUCACCCGCCGCCGCACCCUGGUGCUGGGGGUGGGCUUCUCGAGCAUCGGCCUGUCGUCCUUCGCGUUCAACCCGCUCUUCCAGCUGCUGGUGGAGACGUACGCCUGGCGGGGGGCCCUCCUCAUCCUGGGGGGCCUCAGCCUCAACAUCGUGGCCUGCGGGGCUCUGAUCCGCCCGCGGCGGCGCUCGAAAGCCCCGGAGAAGAAGGUGGAUUCGGAGAGCAGGUGGUCGUGCGCCGCCACGCUGCGGCGAAUCUCCGCCCACCUGGAGCUGUCGCUGCUGGCGGACCGGCCGUACGUCGUCUACACGCUGGCCGUCACGCUCCUGAACGCCGGCUACUUCGUGCCUUAUUUCCACCUGGUGGCCCACAGCCGCCAGGCCGGCUUCUCCGAGUACCAGGCCGCCUUCGUCAUGUCCGCCGCCGGCGCCACGGACAUCCUGGGCCGCGUGGCGUCGGGCUGGUUCUCGGACCUGGGUCACUUUCGGCUGAUUCAUCUGCUGACCCUGUGGACGGCCCUGACCGGGCUGUUCAUCAUGCUGCUGCCCGUGAGCUCCUUGUCCGGCUCCUACGGCGCGCUGAUGGCGAUCAGCCUCCUCUACGGCUUCUGCUCCGGGGCGCUGACCUCGCUGGUGUUCGCCGUGGUGCCGAUGAUUGUGGGCGUGGAGCGCAUGAUGGGCGCCCUCGGGCUGCUGCAGCUCAUCGAGAGCAGCGGCGGACUCCUGGGGACUCCUCUGUCAGGGUUGCUGAAGGACAUCACGGGCAACUACACGGCUUCCUUCGUGGUCUCGGGCGGUUUCGUCGUCCUCGCCACUCUGACCAUGAGCACUCUGCCUCACUACUUCUCCUGCAAAGAGCCGAGGAGACGGUCGCCGGAUAACAAAGAUAAGGGUUCCCCUCCAGAGCUGGAACAGAUGCACAGCUCGCCUCCUGCCACGGAGGAGUUAAUGAAGCACCCAGUAAGCCCAGAGAAUGUGUAAGUCAAGGAUUCAACAGCCUCCGCUGAUACUCCGCCGUCAACACGCUGCUCCACACGUCGCUGGAUGACUCCGAGAUCCAGACCCAAAGAAGAAAGGAGCUCAUGAAGCUCCACAGCCCGACCUCAGAGUAAUGUGCAGGGUGGCACCUUCUGCCCAAAGGAAGAGCUUUACAUGUCGGAUGGAAAGGAAAUACUUUAGUUUAUCAUUAAGGCCGUCACGUUUCUACAAAAUAUAGCACAUCCAUAAUUGAUCUUCACUAUCAUUAGAAUAUGUACUAUAUUAUUUGAAUGAGUAUUAACUGACUAUUGCGCCCCCCUCCAGUGUUUGUAUGUGCAUCUCCAAUUACCCGAGUACACGAGCCAGUAUUAUUUGUAAAGAGCUCCUCAGGUAAUGAAGCAGGACUUGAGUCAUGAGUCUUUUAUAACAUAUUGCGCUCAUUGGCGUUUAUUCCAAAACGUCUAACUGUCUUAUUGUUUGGUUUUUACAGUCCAGCGUAAUUUGUGCAUCUGGAUUUAUGACUUAAGAAAAUGAAUGUUUUAAUUAACAGCUCCCCGGUGGCUCUGAGCUGCAGAAGCCAGCAACGUUUCUCAGGACUUUGACUUUCAAUCGGUGUCUUUUGUUAAGUUGUGUUGCCACAGACUUCUUACUGAAGUGUAUUUUCAGAUCACACAAUCAUUGCCUUGCUUCAGGCCUUUGUACUUUUUUAGAAACGAUAAACUUGUGUUUGUAAGUCAAAUAUUUGCCUUUGACACGAGCGUUGCAGGACGGAGACACCUGGGUCACUGCAACCUGGAACGAUGCAAAACACAUGGGGCUUAAGUAAAUGACCCAGAAUGCAACAAUUAGAUAUUUUGUAUUAAAAAGGUAAUGUAUUUGGUUUGAAUGAGUCUUUAAACACAUCCGGCAGGUCUUCUGAAGUCACAGCGCCCUCUGCUGGAGACGUGCCCUCAGGACAGCACACAGGCUCCAUUGUUAAGAUAAUGAAACUUAAUUAAACACUUUCAUGAAUGCU